CGAGGACCUGUUCAUGGGAGCGAUGGUGAUGAUGCAGAGGACUCUCUCUCAAUUGAUAGUCCGUCUUUCCCUGAUCUUGCUCACUCAAGCUGCUGCUGGUGUCCUGGGAGUCGUCACAAGCCUCAAGGCAUCAUCAUUAGCAUGGCGAAGGCCGCCUCCCACUACAUCUUCUCUCGGCUUUGUCGGAUCUUCAUGGGCAAGCGUCAGAUCUGCGGACCACCUCGCGCACAAGACUCCCUAUCGCUCUGCUCGGCCCCUGUUCUCCGGACCGUCAUCGCCUGAUGUGAAGCAGCCGCAGCAGCCACAGGCCAGCGAUACGGUCGAUCCGCGCAUUGUGGAGCGCGUCAACGCGGAGCUGGGUGCUCGGUUCAACAUCGAUGUGGAUCAGCUGAUGAACCCGCUCAAGGUGCUGGGUCUGGAGCAGGAGCUGGAGACCCUCAACGCCGAGAUGGAGACGCUCAAGGCCAAGCCGCAGACGGCCGAGGUGCAGGCAGCCAUCAGCGAGCUGGACAAGACCAUCACCAAGAAGGAGAAGAUCCUCGAGACCGAGAAGACGCUAUACGUCAGGGGCUGGCUCAAGGCCGUGUUCCUGGGGCAGUCGGCUCUCGCGGCGGCCAUCAGUGCGAUGCUGGUCUACAACAACGUGCCUGGGGUGGGUGAGGUGGACCUCUCGCUGCAGGUGCUGGGGUUUUGGAACUGGUGGCUGUUCAUCAUACCCUCACUUAGGGCUCGCAAGCCCGCCAAGAAGGAGAAGAGGGCGCUCGACUGGGCUUUUUUGGCCGUCUUGGUGACCACACUCGCCGCGCCGUCAUUCACCAAGGCAAGCGGGACAGACAACGCACGUGAAUGCAUCGCCCAUUGUGUGGUGUGUGUCGUUCAGGAGCCGUCGACCAUCUACUGGAUCAACGCUGCCGUCCUCGGCAUCUCUUAUGCCAUCAGCUACAGCGCUCCCUUUCCCCUUUUCGACCAGGGCGACGCCCAGCAGGAGGAGCAGGAGGGCCCCGAGUGGCUGAGCUGGGCUUUCAAGGCUCUCGACUUCGGCAGCGGCCAGGAGAGGGGCCUGCGCGGCGAGGCCAGAAAAACAUUCUUCGAGAAAUCCACGAAACGAGACAGUGACGAUGAUGGAGGUGAUGAGGGGCAGCAAAGGGGUGGUGGGGGGAAGGUGCAGGCGAAUGGUGACGUGUCAGCGUCUAAGGCAGCCACUGCAAAGCAGUCAUCGGCCGCCGGCGUCCUCAAGUACCAUAAGUCGAGUGAGAACGGUGAAGAUGUGCCGCCUCUCUUCCCCACCCCUGAUUCGACAUCAGCCUCCGUCUUGCCGUCCCCCACAUCCUUCGGCCAAUGGCCUGACUCUUCCCUCGCUUUGGCCAUGACGGCCGCCCUUCUCCCCUUUGCCCCCAUCCCCUCUCCCGUCAGCAUGCGCGCCACUGCCGCAGACAUGGCGCCUACCGCUACCAUGGCGACGUCGACCACCAAUGACUUUUUGCUGAGCACAUCGUCCCUCCCCUCGCCGGCCUCGCCCGACUCGCUGCUCCAGGGCAAUCCCUUCUUGAAUGUGCCGGGGCUGCAGCGCUUCAAGGGCGAGCAGCAGAGGGAGGGCGAGAGUCUCUACGAGCAGUACGGCGGGGAGGAGCAGGCGCAAAAGGAGCUGGAGAGCCUCACCGAGCAGCAGAAGAGGGAGAUGGAGGCCAAGGCCCUUGCAGAAGAGUUCGAUGAGUCUUACAAGCAGCCCGACAGGAAGCUGCCGUUGCCGGCAUUGGCGCUUUAUGCGUGUGUGGGUGGGGCGGUCUUGUGGUAUCAGCUGAAGCUGGGGCCGCAGGAGGCCGACUCGAUGGAGAAGAAGAUGAGCGGCUCAGCCGCCUACAAGGCUUACCAACGAGAGAGGGGAUUCUUCGAGAGGUCGCGGUCGGGCGACCUCAAGCUCGGCGACUGACCUACUGACCACCUUGUUGCUGAGUGGUGCGGGGUGAUGGGUGGAUGGAUGGAGUGUAGUAUGGGCGCUUUAUGACAUGACGAGUGAGUGUUCAGUCAGGGAGGGGUCGAUUGAGUGUUUCAGUGGGUGUCUGGAUGUGGUGCGUGCGGCUUGAGGGUGAAACGAGAGGACAGCACAAAUGCGAUUCACAGAAGAGGUUCUCAUGAAUGAUAUCGACACACACAUAAGAGAGAGGCGCACUACUGUC